CGCAGGAGACGCAGCGCUGCCGCUUCAUGUUUACCGAUGAUGAUGACGAUGAUGUUGUUGUUGUUGUUGUUUUAGGCCUGAGAUGAAGCUCUGCUUCACAUAUAAACCAUUUCAUGUAGAUAUAAAGCAGUUUCUUCUAGAGGAAAGCGUUUGUUCCGUCGCUUCUGUAAAAUCAGAACAAUAAAGAGCUCAAUGAUCAUCGAAUAACGGGCGAUUAAAUGAACAGCUGUUGAAGAAUAUCAGCAGGAUUGUAUGAUUUUAGUCUUCCGAAAUGAGAUGUCUCUGGUGGAUUUGGGAAAGAAGCUUCUGGAAGCCGCUCGUGCCGGUCAGGACGAUGAGGUCCGGAUACUGAUGGCGAAUGGGGCUCCGUUCACUACCGAUUGGCUGGGCACGUCUCCGCUGCACCUGUCGGCUCAGUUCGGCCAUUACUCCACCACAGAGGUGCUGCUGCGCGCCGGAGUGAGCCGAGACGCCCGCACCAAAGUGGACCGGACGCCGCUGCACAUGGCCGCGUCUGAGGGUCACGCGCGCAUCGUGGAGCUGCUGCUGAAGCACGGCGCCGACGUCAACGCCAAGGACAUGCUGAAGAUGAGCGCGCUGCACUGGGCCGUGGAGCACAGCCACAGAGACGUGGUGGAGCUGCUGCUGCGCUUCGGAGCCGACGUUCACGCGCAGAGCAAGUUCUGCAAAAACGCGCUGGACAUCGCGCUGGACAACAGCAGCCACGAGCUGGUGGAGAUCCUGCAGGUGGCGAUGCAGAACCAGAUCAACACGAACCCCGAGAGUCCGGACACGCUGACCAUCCACACGGCCGCGCCGCAGUUCAUCAUCGGCCCGGGAGGAGUGGUGAACCUCGCCGGACUCGUGUCGCCCGCCAACGGCAGCAAAUCCACAGUCGUGGCCGCAGAGGAGGUGAUCACCGCAGACUCCGUCGACGGGGCCAUACAGCAGGUCGUGAGCUCUGGAGGUCAGCAGGUCAUCACCAUAGUAACAGACGGCAUUCAGCUGGGGAACCUGCAGACGGGCACGGGCAUCAGCCAGCCCAUAAUAGUCACCAUGCCUGACGGACAGCAGGUGCUGACGGUGUCGGACACAGAGGUCGCAGAGGAAACGGUGAUCAGCGACGAGCCGACCGUUAAACGGCAGCGUGUGAAGGAAGAAGACGACGAUCCGAUGACAGAAACACAAGACAUUCAGAUCCAGCAGACGCUCUCGCUGGAGGACUUUCAGGAGAAAGUGGCUCUUCUGAAGCAGCUGGAGGAGGCCAAUCGUGAGGCGCAGAAAUACAGACAGCAGUUCUUGAAGAAGGAGCAGGAGGCGGAGGCGUACAGACAGAAGCUGGAGGCCAUCACACGGCAGAGCGCGAAGAAAGCCACGUGA